AUGUUCGACGUGUUCAGACUCGCGUCGCCAGGUGGGCAGCCCUUACAACAGCCACCCGAGUUCGAUGCCAGCUAUGACCCACAUAAGCACCGCAAAGUUCCCCAUCCGACAUCCUAUGGAGAGACGAUGACGCACAUGCUGAAAGCUUGCUUUGGUGCAGGAAUGCUCGCAAUGCCGAACGCUUUCGCUCGCCUGGGCCUUAUUUUUGGAAUUGUAGGAAUCGUUUUCCUCGGAGUUUUCGCUACUUACUGUAUACAAAUUCUGGUGAUAUCUCAGUACCAGAUCUGCAAGAAGUGGCGGGUAGGCUACAUGUCCUACCCUAAAAGCAUGCGCCUCGCUGUGCAGUCUGGGCCACCGUGCCUGCGCUGGUCCGCCACCAUUUUCGAAAACGCCGUGGAUGGAAUUCUCAUAUUUUGGCAAAUAGGAGUUUGCGCUAUAUACUUGGUGUUUGUCUCUGAAAACUUAAAACAGAUUUGUUUGUAUGCCGGUCACGACUUAUCACUGCGAGUGCUGAUUUGUUGUCUAUACCCAAUAUUAGUAAUUGUAUGUUUGGUAAAAGAUCUUAAAUUGUUGGCGCCUCUAUCAACGUUCGCUAAUGGCUGUACCGUAAUCGGCCUGGUUUUGAUAUUCUUUUAUUUGGUAGAAGAUGACGUACACGUCGAUGAAAGUCAUUUCGCGUUAAAAGCACUGACAGAUAUUCCAAUAUUCAUCGGCAUCGUUUUGUACGCCUUAGAGGCGGUAGGAGUGAUCCUGGCGCUGGAGUACAACAUGGACAAUCCAGCAGAUUUCACCGGGAUAUUUGGACUGUUCAGUAUCGGAAUGACGAUAAUUGUCCUCAUCUACACUGCGCUGGGUGUCUGCGGCUAUCUCAAGUACGGGAUGGAUUCCAAAGCAUCCAUUACGCUUAAUCUUCCGCAAGAUCAGAAAAAAUCGCAUGCAGCAAAGAUGGCGUUUACUUUGGCAGUGUUUUCGUCUUUCCCGCUACAAAACUUCGUGGCUUGGCAAAUACUUUGGCAGAACUACCUGGAAAAAAAGUACAUAGGCACCAAGAAAGAGAAACUGGUUGACUAUGGUUUACGGAUAUUGUGCGCAACUAUACCAUUCGUUAUGGCUCUGAUAGCGCCGGCGCUGGGCCCGUUCAUCGGUCUGAUGGGGUCGUUCUGCUUAUCCAUGGUGGCGAUCCUGUUCCCAGCCGUCGUGGACAUCUCCGUGUACUAUCCCGACAAGUACGGCCCCGGCAGGUACAAGCUGUUCACCGAUAUCUUCAUCAUCUUCUUCGGAAUAUUCUGUUGCUGCUCUGGUGUCUACACCAGUCUACUGGAAAUGAUUGAAAUACUUGGUAAAGAUUGAAGUGCUCCUCCUCUAAAGCUUCAUUGCACCGGCUAAAACAAGCAUGGCCCAAAGUAACGAUUUCUACAGCUCACAGAAAAUACCAUU